UUAUUGUGAGGGUUUGUCAAGCACAUAGGUGUGAACGUAGUUCAUACAAAAUAUAGUUAAAUCUAGCACAAACUGCGAGUGUAUUAAAUGAUUUACAUUGCAAAUAUGUAACAAGGAUGCUACAACGUAAUUCGUAUUUAAAAAAUUUAUGUGACAAAUAUAAUUUAAAUCUAGCAUAAAGAAAGUGUAUGUUCCAAUGAUUUCCAUUAUAUUGGUAUGAAAAUAGUGCUACAAAAAAUAUAUUUAGCUUUUUCUAUGUGGUUAACUAUAUAAAAUAAAAAUAAUAAAAAUAUACUCGUUCAGACACUAUAAAAUGCGAGAAUUUGUAAGAAAGUAUAAAAGCUUAGUACAAAGUUAUAUUUCCAUGGUUGUUGGUAUUCCUAUUUGUGUGUGGAUGAAAUCUGUUCUAUCCGGUGCGAGGAGUCUUGCUAGGUCCGCUCUGUCGCACCGUCCGUCGCACGGCACCUAGCCAAUUUCGGUUGCAUGGUGUGCCCCGCUCCCCCAGAAUUAGCCCUUGGAUGUCGACGUGUUGCGUCGGCCGUUCUUUGCAAGGUUCAUGAGUAGCAAGAGCACCGUAAGGCCAAAAUCUGGUGUACGCGGCAGCAGACCACAUUUGCUCGGGGGAUACGGAGCGCUCACCGCAGUUAAGCCGUUUUCCUCCCUAGCAUCCGCCGCCUCGGCCUCGCCAGCCGUCGAUUCCAAGGACAUGGUAGAGACCUUGAGCCCAUGGUCGUCGGUGGGACCGAUCCACGCCGUCGACCAAUUCGCCCACUGGGAUACGCCGCGCUCGCCGCCUUCGCGGCCGCUAGCAUCUGCAUGGCCUAUGCUCCGGAUGAGGAAGAAAUCCUCAAAGACAUGCGCGAAAGAAUGAUGAAACACUGGAAUUCUCCUAGACGUCCUCCAUCCGGCAAAGAAGUAAGAGCAAUGACUAAGAUGAUGAGGCGUCUUGAUCGCCGAAUGAAGAAGUUUAUGGAGAUGCGGAACAAGGAAAAAGAGAAGUUUUGGUCAUUCCUUGAAGACAUCAUCAAGAAAGGCCAAACACUUCUCUCUGCUGGAAACCUUCUGAUAGAUGUGUAUGCCUUUGUGGCAGCGAUCGUCGCAAGUUCCAUAAUUCUAAUCGAAAAACUUGGCGACCAUGUUCAGUACUUUGUGUGCCCAUACUCAGGGCAAAGGUGCUGGUGGCAGUACAUCACACCUCAGGAUCAACAAUGUUUCUUUCUUUGCUGGGCUGGAAGCCAUGGGCAUCACCUUACGGCAGAUGGACUUGCAAUGUCUUUCGCUGAUUGACAUCAAGAUUGGCAUCAUGCCUGAGUUGGAGGGAGCUGUUGUGGAGAACAAGUGGGAGAACAGCUCAUGGGUAAAGAAGCCUAGUCCUACUGAGGCAACUUUUAUCAUUACUCUAGAGGAAGCUGAUGUAAAUAUCAAGUGGGAGAACUUCUCAUGGGGCAAGAGGCUCAUCCUGGAGAAGGGGAGCUCAUGGGGCGAGAAGAUGAUCACCCACUAUAGAAGAUCAUAGAUGUCUUCAAAACCGAUGUUCAAAAGCUGUAUACAUGACAAUGAUGUCUGCCUUUGAGGCUGUCCAAUGGGGCACAUCUCCCCCGGCUUAUGUGGUUUAGAAAUGCAUGAUCGAUACAUCGAAGAGAACUAAAAGGAAGAAU